AUGGAGUCCGUUGAAGUUGCGCAGCCACCAGUUCCUGUAGCUGCAGGCUUCUCUGUCAUUCAUCAGAAAGUCAGUCUUGACAUCAGCUUCAGCCAGCGAGUUCAGGGAAAGACUGCGAUCACUAUUUAUCCCGACUCAGCUAAUCUCACUGAGAUUCGAUUACAUAGCAGACAAUGCCACAUCAGGAAAGUCCUGGUGAAUGGCAUCGCUCCUUCAUCAGUUCGAAAUGAUGACCCUUGUGGACAACUGAUUCUGCAUGCAAAUGCCGGGGUAAAUCAGCACCACUUGUUGUCAGAAAAGAUCUCGAAUUCGGUUUCUGGUGACCCCGAACCCAACUUCAUCAUCACCCUUCCCAAGAAAAUUCGCAUCUUGCCAGUGCAUGUUGCAGAUAUUCACACGCAAAACCAUGACCUCAUCAGAGUGCCUGAAGGUGAGGUCACUGGUUCAUCUGCCACCGAUGGUGCCCAAGGGAUACCAGAUACGACCGUUGCCAAAUUCACUCCUUUGAUAGUUGAAAUAGAGUUUCAGUCAUGCCAUAUACGGGAAUCGGUUCAAUUCGUGUCUGGUAGACCAGGUAUUGGCAGAUGGCCACAUGCUUAUACUCGCUCGAAACUUGGGUCCGGAGGAGCAUCGGCCAUUUUUCCAUGCCUUGAUCGGCUCAAUCAUCGCUGCACGUGGGAUAUUUCGAUCAAAUUCCCAAGGACCGUGAGAGAUGCCAUUAAACAAAACCUUUCGGAUGACUCCACCAGUACUGUUCCCAAAGAUCAAGCUAAAGAAGCAGCCCGACAAAGUUACGAAGCCAAAGAAAUGAUGGUCAUCUGUUCCGGUGAACUGACGGACGAUAUUGUCGACAAAUCAGAUACCACCAAGAGAACCAUGGCUUUCUCCUGUGAUCAGCGACUUGCACCUGAACAGCUUGGGUUUGCUAUUGGCCCAUUCGAGUGCGUCAAUCUCAGUGAUCUUCGUGAUGCUCAGGAAGUCGAAGAACUAGGUCGAAAUGCUGUUGACAUGCUGGCGUAUUGUUUACCUGGUCGUGCUGAGGAGACCAAAAACACAUGUCUUCCCAUGACCCAAGUUGUGGAUUACGUUGUCCGGAAAUAUGUCUCGUGCCCAGAACGUUCAUAUUCGAUGUGCUUUGUGGAGGACCUGCAUACUGAUACCUCGAUCCAUGCAGGUGUAACUAUGUGUAGCACAAGAAUGUUAUAUCCGGAGAACGUCAUUGAUUCUGCGAAAGAGAUCACCCGGCAGUUGGCGCAUGCUAUUGUUUCUCAAUGGUUCGGGAUCAACAUUAUUGCUGCAGAACCCCGAGAUACUUGGGUCAUCAUUGGAGCCGCAUAUUACAUCACGGAUCUCAUCAUGAAAGACCUGUGUGGUAAUAACGAAUAUCGUUAUCAUAUCCGUCAACAAGCCGAUCUCGUCUAUGAUCUGGACCAUGAUCGACCGUCAAUCUACGAAAUGGGCGCCCUGCUCCAUGUGGACCCUAGUGAAUAUACUUUCCUCACUAUCAAAGCUCCCGUGGUGUUUUUCAUCUUGGAUCGCCGAUUUGCAAAGGCCCAUGGUGCCUCUAAGAUGCCAGCAAUUCUUGCAAAAAUUCUGACAAAAUCCCGCAUGGGUGACUUGGCGGACAAUGCUUUGUCGACCGAGUCAUUUCAGAAAGCUUGUGAACGCUCCCAUCAUACCCCCAUCGAGGACUUCAUGAUCCAGUGGGUAAAGGGGGCUGGAUGUCCAAGAUUUGCCGCAUUUCAAAGAUUCAAUAAGAAGAAACUCGUCGUGGAGAUGCUGAUCACGCAGACUCAAGGCACUACAACCGAAUCUGACUUAGACCCCAAUACGUUCAUGCGGGAUGCCCGCGAGGAUUUCCACUCCGUCUGGGCUGCGGCCGCACAGCCAGUAUUUACAGGCCCCAUGACAAUCAGGAUACAUGAAGCGGAUGGGACACCAUAUGAGCACACAAUAGACAUCAAAGAUGCCCGAACCACAGUUGACAUUCCUUACAACACAAAGUACAAACGUCUCAAGAGGAGUAAAAAACAAAGAGCUCGGGCAAACAAUAAAGCCGCUGCUGAGGGGGCUGAGGAAGAGACAGAUUCCCUUGUGUAUUGCUUAGGCGACGUACUCCAAGGCGAAGAGGAUGUCCAGAAUUGGCGAAUAACAGAAUGGAGUGCUGAGGAUGACGAGAAAAUGAACUCGGAAUCAUACGAGUGGAUCCGACUUGAUGCUGAUUUCGAAUGGAUCUGUCGCAUCAAUCUACAGAUGCCCGGAUACAUGUUCACCUCACAGCUCCAGCAAGAUCGAGAUGUCGUUGCUCAGCUUGAAGCACUGAGACAGAUGUCAUAUUAUCCGCCCUCUCCCUUGAUUUCAUCAAUCUUCAUCCGCACGUUGAUGGAUCGUCGCUACUUUCACGGAGUACGUACUCUAGCAGCUCAAGGUUUGGUAAAACAUGCCAAGGAUGAAGGUGAUGCUAAAAUGGUUGGACUCUACCAUCUCAGGAAAGCCUUUGAGGAACUAUAUUGCACUCACGACCAAAGUUCGGCAAUGACUCGACCAAACGACUUCUCGGAUCCACAAGCUUACGUUUUGCAAUGCGAGAUCAUUCAAGCCAUUGCUAGUGUGCGUGAUUCUAAGGGGCAUACGCCAAAAGAGGUCAAGGAGUUUCUUCUGGACAAAUUAAAGUUCAAUGACAACUCGGCAAAUGAUUAUUCAGACGCACACUACAUCGCUAAGUUGAUGAGGGGUCUUACCUUUGCGGUCAUAGCUCGACCACAACAUCAACAUAUUGAUGAAGGAGAUAUGGAUAUAGAUGUCGAGGACGAAAUUCUCGAGCUCAAACAUUUUGAGCGACAGUUUCUUGAGGAGAUCGAUCGUUAUAGGCGUAUGGAUGAGUGGACAAGCUCAUACCAGAACCUAUAUUCUCGCACUGCUCUGGAAUGUCAAGCGUUGCUGACAGCAGCAGGAAUUAGUGAAUUCUCACCACUUCACUUUUUACAAUAUACUCGACCGGGCAACUAUGAUAUGCUUCGCCGAGCGGCAUAUGAGGUUCUUAUCACACCAAGCAUCAUCGAAAGUCCUUCCAUAUUGCGCUAUGUCCUGUAUUGUACGGUCGCAGAUCCAUCGCCAUGGAUUCGACACAAUCUACAGCACGCUUUCGGCAAAGUCCUCGGGAAGCGUGCCAUUGGUGUGAAGACCAACAAAGCUGCGCAAGCUCAUAGUGGUGACGGACUCAUUAUUGAAGACACAACGGCACUUAUCGAUGAUCGCCAGAAAGAGAUCGCACGCCGGUCGACCAUAGAGGGGGCGAUCGCAGCGUUGAAAAAAGAACUCGGGCAAGAUAAAUCUCUGAGAUCUGCCCUAUGGAACGCCAUUUCUUAUGAUCAAAUUACUCUAGAAGAUCUUCAGACCCUCCUUGACUUUUGUCGAUUAUUGUACGAACCUGUCGACGAGAUGAAGAUUGCUCUGCAUCUGCCUAGGUAUUGGAAAGUGGAAAACCAAGGAAAGGGCAAACUAAGGUUCUCAAGAACCAUGAACGUCAGGCACAAGAUCAUCAAGAAAUGGCAGCCUGCUCCUGCAGCAUCCCAGCCAGCAAAAUGGCAAGCACCACCUCUGCCUGCACAUGGUCAUUCACAGUACAAUGUCGUCCCGCCACCGAUCCGACAAAACAGUAUCACCUCCCUGCCAUCCCCGAGUGGAGGUGGAGGUGUCAAGUUGAAAUUGAAAUUCGGCUCAGGUGGUGGUGGUGGUGGUCUCAAUAACAGCACUGGUUCAAGUCAGAUGCCCACCCAUACUCCGACACCUCCGCCACCACCUCCCGUGCGAACUCCGAGUGUUGAACCAGGUCGUCUUGUGCUGAAAAUAAAGCCAGUUGUCAAGCCGAAACCUUGA